AUGAACACAGAGGAGUUUCUGAAAACAGCUGAUUCAAGGCCGUACUCUCGUACUCCUUCACUCCACCGGUUGCGAGAUCACUAUCGCAGAUGCUGCCGCCACCGUUUACUGCCGCAACACGGCCACGCAAAGCUUGUGAUUUUACAAGAACAGUUUCUGUUGUGGGACGGAGAGGUCACCAACAUCGAAAGUAUAUGGAAGCAGUACCAACGCUCCGUUACCACGAGUGAAACGAUGCGGUUACUGUGGUGUGUGUACAUCGAGGAGCCUGAUACGCGCAUUUGCUCUCUUCGAAUUCCUAAUCGACCACUAGCAACUAUUUUCGCCAUGUUCCAGCUGACGCAUGUGUUCUCGAUUUACAAAUAUCGGGACGUGUUUUUCUGUCGCUCAGGCGUACCCGCGAACGCGUCCAUUGAGGAGAAGUACAUGGCCUACGAUGUGAUCAUCUUCGACUUUGGUCUGAUGCAUAGAGUGUUGGGAACGGAGGAAUGCGUUGCAAAUUAUCUAGGUACUCAAUACCUCUAUGCGACCAUAUCUUGGAAUGUGUCAUCGACAGUCCAAGGGCAAUGA